AUGACGGACCAGUCAGCUGCUUGGCCGUUAGCAGGGUCGUCGCUCGCGCAGGAAAUAUUGGAUCUGGUGCAGCAGGCUUCGCAUUACCGCCAACUCAAGAAAGGAGCCAAUGAGGCUACAAAGACUUUGAACAGAGGCACAUCAGAAAUUAUUGUUCUCGCUGCAGAUACUGCUCCACUCGCUAUCUUGCUACAUCUACCGCUAUUGUGUGAAGAUAAAAAUGUCCCGUAUGUAUACGUGCCUUCUAAGACUGCCUUGGGAAGGGCUUGUGGAGUCUCGAGGGCCGUGAUCAGCGCAAGCAUCACCACGAACGAGGCUAGCGACCUCAUGGGUCAGAUACAAUCGUUGAAAGACAAAGUGGAGAGACUGAUGGUCUGA